GGAAUCGACGCCUAAUCGUAGUCAUUGUGGUUGUCGUCGCGCUCACACUAAUAUUCUUUAUAUUAUUUCAUAUAUAUGAUAGGUAUUACGAUCAGUCUCCCUUCACUCGAGAUGUGUAAAAGAAUUUGCUUUAUUUGUAUUCAAUUCUGGUGAAGUGGCCAGUUCCAGUGAUGGAUAAUAUGAUACCUCGUUCGAAUGGAAAUAUUUUUGUUAUUUCGCCCGAUAUGAUUAAAGCUUUCAAUACCUGUAGACCCGAAAUGCGGUCGAUGACUGUAACCCCCUUCAGUUAACACUUUGUGUUGGUCAACAACGCAUCGAGGGUCGGAAGUAUACUGUACUAGUACAUCUAUAUUAUAAUAUUAACCAAAAACCGUCAUCACCAUGUGCAACGCUCUCUGUGAAUGCCUCAAAUGUCCCGGCAAAGUGGUUUGCUGUUGCUGCUCCUGCGCCUGCAAGAUGCUGCUGAGCAUCGUGUUUUCCGCGCUUCUGAUGGUUGUGGUCAUCGGCCUGAUUGUCUACUUCACGGUCUUCUAUCACAAGGAUAAGAACACGGACGAAGUGCAGAAGCAGGUCGCCCAACUGGCGCCCAUUGUGAAGCGCAGCAUUCGCGACUACUUCAGCAAGGAGUACUGAUCUGAGGACAUGAAUUUAUACUAUAGGCCAUACUAAUAAUAAUAACCCCGUCGAAAUCGAAAUCGAAACGAACCAACAACCAAAGCCGUUCAGUGCAUGACUUAAUCUAAUCGCGUCGGAUGCUCGUUAUGGGAUUUUUUCUUAUCUAUAGAUAGUUUGCGACUCAAUUGAAUGGGCAAUUUGCGAGUUCUUUAAAAAGGUAGAUACUGUUGUAGCGCGGAAAAUGUGACUCACUGAAUGCUUUACAAUACACUUUAAGCUCGAAACUGAAUAAAGCAUUCACAAUAUGUGUAUGCAAGGCAGAAAUAAAUCAGAAAUAAAAGUUUAUUGUAAGAAACGAAA